UCUCCAUAUAGGAUAUUUCGCGGUCCAAUCUUACUAACCAGUGCUCACACACUAACAUCACUAGCCCUUUCGCCCAUCGAUUCUCUGUACUCUGUGUUCUGUUUUCCUUUCCGCUGUCUUUUUCUGUGUCAGUCUUUGAUUUGAAUCUCCGGCGGUAUUAUCCGGCCUUACGUGGCUGUAGCCGAGGAGAGGAGAGGAGAGAUUUAUAUCUUGUGAGAAUGGAAGACUACACGCAGCUUUUCGUUGACGAAACCAACUUAUUCAAUAGCAUUGUGAUGGGAAGCCUUCUGCCCGAUAAUCUGUGGAAGCCCCUUCCCCACUUUCUCCAGUCCUGGAUUCGGAAUUACAUUGGCGGAACUUUAGUUUAUUUCUUCUCCGGCUUUCUCUGGUGUUUCUACAUUUACUUCUGGAAACGAAACGUUUAUGUCCCCAAAGAUGCCAUACCUUCAACAAAGGCCAUGCUUUUGCAAAUAAUUGUUGCAAUGAAGGCCAUGCCCUGGUACUGUGCUCUUCCAGCAGUUUCAGAGUACAUGGUUGAAAGUGGCUGGACAAUGUGUUUUUCUAGAAUAAGUGACAUUGGUUGGCAGUCCUACCUUGGCUACUUGAUGGUCUACCUUGUGUUUGUUGAGUUUGGGAUUUAUUGGAUGCACAGAGAGUUGCAUGACAUAAAACCUUUGUACAAAUAUCUUCAUGCAACACAUCACAUUUACAACAAGCAGAACACACUUUCUCCUUUUGCUGGUCUGGCAUUCCAUCCACUGGACGGGAUAUUACAGGCAGUACCACAUGUGAUAGCUCUCUUCAUAAUUCCAACCCAUUUCAUGACUCAUAUUGUCCUCUUAUUUAUCGAAGCUAUAUGGACAGCUAACAUUCAUGACUGCAUCAAUGGCAAGGUAUGGCCUGUCAUGGGUGCUGGCUACCACACAAUUCACCAUACUACGUACCGUCAUAACUAUGGUCACUACACAAUAUGGAUGGAUUGGAUGUUCGGUACUCUUCGUGACCCGAUUGGAGACUCACCAAAGAAGGUGAUGGAAUAAACUUGCUUGCCAUUGAGCUUUCUUUCAGCCUCUCUCUCUCUCUCUCUCUCUCUGGCUCUCUGUGAUGUUGUUUAGCAUGCUUUGAUUAAGGCUAAGCUCUUUUGGGUUGGUUAUUUUGACCAUUAUUUCUCUUCAUUUAAUAGCAAUGUUUCUAAUGUACAUGUCUUCAAUGUAGAUUAUGUAGGUUGAUUUCUGGCACUAGAUUUUUAGUUUUUAGUUCAAGAAUGCUACAAUUGGAGACAAGAA